AUGGCUGGCACUACCAUGGCUACCACUACCAUGGCUACCACUACCAUGGCUACCACUACCAUGGCUGGCACUACCAUGGCUACCACUACCAUGGCUGGCACUACCAUGGCUGGCACUACCAUGGCUGGCACUACCAUGGCUGGCACUACCAUGUCUACCACUACCAUGGCUGCUACUAUCAUGGCUGCCACUACCAUGACUAUCACUCACUAUCAUGACUAUCACUACCAUAGCUACUGUCGAAAUGUGGCCCCCGCGCAUCCCAGCCACCGUGUUCUUUCUAUGAUAGUGGUAGUCAUGGUAGUGGUAGUCAUGGUAGUGCCAGCCAUGGUAGUGCCAGCCAUGGUUGGCCAGAAUGAUGACUAG